AAUUUCUAUGAUUAUUACUAAACAAUUAGGAUAUGACAAACUAUAUUUCAAUCAUAAACAAUAUUUUGAAAAGGAUGGAAUUGUAAAGGAACGUGUUAGAGGAAAAUGGAGUUGUUUAGUAACUGAUCCAGCGAUUGCAAAGGAGAUUUUAUUGAAACCAGAUGUUUAUCCUAAAAUGAGCAUUGAAAAGUUUUUUCCAAAUUCUCUAUUUGCAGAAUACUUUGGAACUAACGUGGUUUUCUCAAAUGGUGACAUUUGGAAAAGACACAGACGUGUUUGCAAUCCUGCAUUCAAAGCUUUACAAUUACAUCUUUUUGCAGAAACUGGAUUGAAAAUGAUUAAUACUUUAGAAAUAAUUGAUAAAAAGCCUAUCGAAAUUAAAAAUUUUAUGCAAAGAUUUGCUUUUGAUGUUCUUGGGAAAGUUGCUUUUGGUUUUGACUUUAAUAGCCUUGGAAAUCCAAAUAGUGCUUAUAUAACAGCAUUUAAUGAAGUACAAAAGGCAGUAUUCGAUCCAUUAACUUUGCUUUUUCCAAUUGACCGUUUUCCAAUAAUAAGACAACAAAAACUUAAAAAAAUUAAUAAAUUAAAUAACUUAUUCGAUGAAAUCAUUAAAGAGAAGCAUAAAGCUUUAGCUGCUGGAAAGUCUCAAGGAGAUCUUUUAGAAUACAUGUUAAAUGCUAAUGAAAACCAUGAUAAUCAAAUGUUGUCAGAUACUGAACUAAGAAUUAUUCAAGAAAAAGCUCGAGAAGAAGUAUUGAGAAUACUUGGUGAUGAUUUAAUACCAUCAGCAGAACAACAUAAAUCUUUAAAAUAUUUAAAUAUGGUUAUUCAUGAAAACCUUAGAUUAUAUCCACCAGCACCAUCUUUGCUAUAUCGCGAAUUAACGGAAAAUUUAAAAAUUAGAGAUAUUGUAAUUCCAGCUGGUACAAUUAUUGAACUAUUUUUAUAUGGAAUACAUCAUUCACCAAAACUCUGGGACAAUCCUGAAGAAUUCUUACCUGAAAGAUUUGAAAAAAAUGAACAUACAGAUAGUGAAAAUUUUUCUUGGUUAGCUUUUGGUGCUGGAGCUAGAAUGGGUGCAUAA